AUGAGAGUUUCGAAAGAAAAUCAUUUUAAACCAGGUAUUAAAUUGAAUCAUUUGCAUAAUUAUCGGUAGUUUAUUUUGUUUUUCACUGAUUGUCAAUUACUAUUAUUUUUAUCGAUCUAAUAACUAUUUUUCCAUCCUGAAUCCGGCCUUGCACACCUCUAAGUGAUGAUUCAGUAAACUGUCUCUAACUUCAAGUUUAAAAAUGCUGCCUUUAUACAGACAGAUUUCUUUCUUCCUACUGUUUUCUUAUUAAAGGGACAGGUUCACGUUUCAGCGCAUGCUCAUUUAUCAAAAUGCUGUUUUUCUGCCGGGACAUGCUGUAUGGUCUAUGCAAGCAAUAUGAUCAUGUCAUAAUGUUGUCAAAGAACUAAUCUGCACAAUCCACUGGCAGAUACUUGCACCUGAUCAACUUAAAUAUUUGCAAAUAGCUGUAAAUUAAUCAACCAUGGAAUAAAACCUUCGGGUCAACGAUAAAUUCAACUUUGGUAGUGUUGGCAUAAUCCACUAAUUUUUUUUGUGCGAUUUUAGUACUCCUCCAUCCUACUUCAGGUUACUCUGAAAGACAAUUCUACUUUGAAAUACACUCUGAGAUUGCUAAGGUACAUGCGACUGGGAUUAUUAACCGAUAGAAUUGAUAAUAAAUUGGAAAAAGGUAGUUUAGUUAUAAUGAGCAUGCGCUUAACCGUGAGCCCGCCUGUUCCUUUAAAUCGUGUUACAUAUUGAUUUCUUAUUUCUUAUCUUUUAUUUUAUCUUAAGCUGCCGAACAGAGCAGCAAUCGUACAAUGGACUCGUCUUCAAAGUUACCCCCAGCAGAAGAUAGUGCUCAAGGAGGCGAGAAGAAGAAGAAGGACAAACAAGCCACAAAUUGUACUCCAUUCUGUGAAGAAAAUUGUGAAUUCCAGGGUCAGCAUAAUGAUUUGAUAAUGUCGCUUAUUAACCUAAAUGAAUCAGACCGAGCAAGCUUGGAUGCAUGGAAGGAGCAUGUAAUCAGUUUAAACAAUGACAUCGACGAGCCCUUGAAAGAUCCGAAUCCUAAUUUUCGUCUCCCAUUACUGCAUUGGGUAGCUACGCUUGGAAAGGCUAAGGCCGUCCAGUGGCUUUUGACCGAAGACCGCGUUAGCUUAAGAAAAGGCAAUACACAGGGCAUGUCCAAUGAAACAGUGGUAUUUUCUAUGGUGCGAUGUCUUCACGAGGGAGUCAAGAGCAAAGAUCCGAACAAAAUAUCCAACAUCUUUGUCAACAUACUCGAGUUGUUGUUAAAACGUGAUCCAUACCUACUCUUAGUUCAAGAAGGUAGCAACAGUAACACAGUCCUGCACCUGUGUGCCCAAGGAGACGAAAGCUCAACGGCUCCCUUCCUAAUGUAUUUGAAGAGGACACUGGUUAAGCUGAAAGAAAUUUUAAACAAAAACAGUGAGUCACUGCCUCUUGACUGGCUGAAAACCAUUUUGCAACAAAAGAAUGAGCAAGGUGACACAUUUAUCGAUGUAGCAGCCAGAUGUAAAACCCAAAAAGAGGCAAGGGAACUCGUCGACCUCAUACUGAAACAAGAGUUCGUUUUGUCAGUACAAAAAGCGGAAGAAAUUUUGAACCAGAGGAAACAAAACGAGAGAGAAAACGUCGACGAUGAUCAAAAUGGAGAUGACGAUGAAGAUCAUAUUAGUAUGGGUGACGGCGAGAACGAAGCCGCUAACGAAAAGGAACAACAAUCGGAAGUUAACAACACAUUUGAACCAACAAGCAGUGCGGUAUUUGUUCCAGAUCUGGCUCCACCGGCCAAAAUUCCAAAGAUUACCGAUAAAUCCUCGACCUUUUCUGAGGAUCCUUUGCGAGGUGGAGUGACUUUACAGUCGGUUUGCUCGCAUUUGCAACAAUGGAAUGAUGAUAGUGAAUCCAAAGUUACUAUUCUUCAAGACCCUACCGAAGCGCCGGCCUCAGCAAGUACUAACCGUGCUGUAAAACGCGGCAGCUGGGAUCGGUCGACCACCUCAGACGUUGCUACGGAAACUGAAAGCAUCGGGAAUACUGAACUAGCCGCUAACGUCAAAGCCAGCGUUGAGAAACUCAUACAGAAAACCGAACAGGAUUUGUUAAAAGAAAGAAACGAACUGGAGAAGGCUGAAUCGGAACACAGAAAAAUGGAAUCCGAAAUCAAGGAGCUUCAAGACGAAAAAGAGAAAAAGGAAAAAGAAAUUGAAAGAGGGAAAGAGACAGUGAAAGAUCUGGAACAACAACUCGAUAACUGCAAGCAAUUUUUAGAGAAACUUCGUUAUAAUUAGACUUGACGAUGUGAUAUUUUUUAACCGUGAAUACUUCACUCGAACGUUUUAGUUCUAACAGUAACUUCAAUGAAGCACUCACUCGUCUAACACAGUGCUAAAGAUCGAACAUAUUCACUUGCAGUGCACAGUUUGUUUUAGUUUGAAAUGCAGCGAUUUCAACUGCUUUAGCUACUGAGUAUACUUUAUUCCUUCAUGGGUGGAUUGUUAGCAUUUGAAAACGAAAACCGCAAGAGUUGUUGUUAAACGCGUUUAUGCCAGGUAAAUCCAACUGUAGAGCCGGGG